AUGGCAUCCCCGAUCCGCACAACAAUCCUCAUCUCCGGAAGCGGCACCAACCUCCAAGCCGUCAUCGACAAAGUCCAAGCCGGCGCCCUAAACGCCCAACUAAUCCGCGUCCUCUCCAACCGCAAAGACGCCUACGGCCUCGAACGCGCCCGCAAAGCCUCCAUCCCAACCGAAUACCACAAUCUCGUCAAGUACAAGAAGGCGCACCCGGCAACACCGGAGGGCGUGCAGGCCGCGCGCGAGGAAUACGAUGCCGAGCUGGCGCGGCUGAUUCUGGCUGAUCAGCCUGAGUUGGUGGUUUGUUUAGGAUUCAUGCAUAUCCUAUCGCCACAGUUCUUGUUGCCGUUGGAGAAGGCGAAUGUGCGGAUUAUUAAUCUGCAUCCUGCGUUGCCGGGGGCGUUUAAUGGUGUGAAUGCGAUUGAGCGUGCUCAUGCUGCGUGGAUGGAGGGCAAGAUUGAUAAGACUGGCGUGAUGAUUCACGAUGUGAUCUCGGAGGUGGAUAUGGGCAAGCCUAUUCUCGUACGGGAGAUUCCAUUCGUGAAGGGGCAGGACGAGGAUCUGGAGGUCUUUGAGAAGCGUGUGCACGAGAUCGAGUGGGGGACUGUCGUCGAGGGUGUUGGGAUGGUGCUUGAGGAGCUUCAGGCUGCUCGAAAGCAAUGA